AUGAAUAGUACAACUACAAGUACGAUUCCAAUUACAACUACAACUGCUACUCAACAAAUAUUUCCACUACGAGCACCUGCUAUUGACAUUCAUCCGAAUGCAAAAUGGGCUCAGAAUGGUCUCACUGUGGCUGGAGGAAAUAGAGAUGGUAAUGGAACAAAUCAAGUCUCUAGACCACGGGGUGUGUAUGUUGAUGAUGAUCAAACUAUUUAUGUCGCUGAGUACUCUAAUCACCGUAUUGUGGAAUGGAAAUAUGGUGCAACGAGUGGCCAAGUAGUUGCCGGUGGAAAUGGACCGGGGAAAAGUGCUAAUCGGUUAUACAAUCCAGAAGAUGUGAUUGUCGACAAAGAGAGAGAUAGUCUUAUCAUUUGCGAUACCGGGAAUCAAAGAGUUGUUCGAUGGCCUCGUCGAAAUGGUACUAGUGGAGAAACAAUCAUCUCGAAUAUCGUUUGCACCGGUCUGACAAUGGACGAGAAUGGGUCUCUUUAUGUCGCUGGCGAUAGAGUAAGACGAUACCAAAUUGGUGAUACUAAAGGAACAGUGGUUGCAGGUAUUAAUGGAUAUGGACAUGGUCUCGAUCAACUCGCUGGCCCCAGCUAUGUAUUUGUCGAUCGAGAUCAUUCAGUGUAUGUGUCUGAUUGGGUAACUAGUCGUGUGAUGAAAUGGGAAGAGAAUGCAACAGUAGGUAUUGUUGUAGCCGGUGGUCAAGGGAAAGGAAAUAGUCUUACACAAUUGGAUCGUCCUCGAGGAGUGGUUGCCGAUCAAUUGGGCACUGUCUACGUGGUUGAUCAAAACAAUAAUCGAAUAAUGCGUUGGCCAAAAGGAGCUACACAGGGAAGUAUCAUUAUUGGUGAAAAUGGUCAAGGAGGACGGUCGAAUCAAUUGUAUUUACCCUAUGGUUUAUCAUUCGAUCGACACGGCAAUCUCUAUGUCGCUGAUGAGUACAAUCAUCGAAUGCAAAAAUUUAAUAUCGAACAGACAACAAAUUAA